UUAGCUUUGAGUACAACCGGACUAGUUUCAUUGUUUUUUUUUAAUACAAUUAUGUGUGCUUUUGCACAAGUUUCGCUCAUCCGCUUUACUUUUAAUCAUUUUGCGAAAAUUUGAAAGUUUCAGCUAUUUUGCUUUGUUCAAAGAAUGGGCUGAUUUGACUUACCUGUAACGAUCAAUAGCUAUAAGUAACGAUCAAUACUUAACUGAUUGCCAUGUCUUACCCCGGACGUUAGACGCGUUUCAGACUUUGUAAACGAAAGCCGUACAGUUAUUUUACUUCUCUAAUAUUUUGUGUGUGUCCAAAUGUAUGCUGUUUCACGUUGCCUUACAUUAGUAUGUCUAGUGAUCAAUCUGCUUAUUACUCUAACUUUGACUGAGAUUGAGGCAACGGGCGCCCGUCGAUAUACGAUAUUACCAAUCUAUGGCAUCUUUCAAUCGGCUACUGCUAGUAAUAGUGGGCUAAAAUUGUUCUCUGGUGUACAAAACUUCCCUUCGGUAAUUGUACCGCCAGCAGAAACACAAAUCCACGUAGAUUACAUGCAUCAAACGCAUCCGUUCUAUCAAAAUGAGCCAUUACCCAGCGAUAAAGAUGUUAGUAACAGUUUUAGGCGAAAUUACGUUGAUGAGAUGCCAAUACCAGCGGAUGCAAAUAAAUCAUUUCAAAUUGUAAAUGAGUGGAAAUAUUUAGAUUUUGAAUAUCCGACCUAUGCACAGCGCCAACAAGCCAUCGCAAAUAGCGAUUUUGUUCCAGAAAAUAAUUUGCCAUUGGGCAUAGAUGUUUACAGCGACCGCAUGUUUAUUACCACACCUCGUUGGAAGGACGGCGUACCAUCAAGCCUCAACUAUUUGCCGUAUCCGCCGAAAGAACGUAGUCCUGCCUUACGCCCCUAUCCGAAUUGGAGCGCCCACAGCAGUGUCAAAGAACUGAACUGCGCUAAACUUAUUUCGGUAUAUCGUUCCUCAAUUGACUCGUGCGGUCGCUUGUGGGUUAUUGAUUCGGGAAUAGUCAACGCCACAGUUAAUUUAAAUCAGAUUUGUCCACCAAAAAUUGUGGCUUUUGAUUUAGCUACCGAUAAAAUGAUUGUUAGCUUUGCGCUGCCGGCAGACCAAGUAAAACAAGAUUCAUUGCAUUCGAAUAUUUUGGCCGAUAUUCAAGACGAUCAGUGCGAAGAUGCCUACAUUUAUGUAACGGAUGUGUGGCGCUUUGGUAUUGUCGUCUACAGUUUGUCUAAAAAUCGGAGUUGGCGUGUAACUAAUUACAACUUCAAUCCCAACCCCAUAGCAUCCGAUUUUAAUGUUUAUGGAUUAAAUUUUCAAUGGUUGGAUGGCGUUUUCGGCAUGAGUCUGUCGACUCGAAAAACGCCUUCGUCUGGUGAGCGCACAUUAUUUUUCCAUCCAAUGGCUAGUUUUAAGGAAUUUGCUAUUUCGACCAGAUUGUUGCGUGACGAUAAACUAUGGCCAACAAGCGCUCAAAAAUUAUCAAAAUACUUCGUUGAAGUUGGCGAUCGCGGAGAUCUUGGACAGUCCUCUGCAGCAGAUUCAAAAGAUGGCAAUGGAACAUAAUAAUUGUAGUAUACCAUAAUUAUCAUGUAUAGUUCUAUCAAGCAAUUAGUUAUCAUUCAGUGACGCAAUGGACAAUAAAACAUUGAUUGCUAUUAAGGAUCACCCAAUCAGUCAUUUCGGUAUGUGUCCACCAAAUCAAAGUCCAUCUGAUUUAAUCAACACAGAUAUAAAUCGUGAAGUGCAGUAUGAUACUGUCGAAUAAAAAAACAAUCAUCCAUGGCCAUAGUGCAAAAAUAGCAUAAAAUUGUCAUUUUUUCAUCCCAGAAGGCAAUAUGGCACACAAACAUUUCCGUUAUUCCAUGUAUAACAAACGCUGAUGAAAUCAACGCUUGCUUCAUCGCGACUGUGGUGUAAUGUUGAAAAAUACAACUGACAGUGAGCAUGUGCGUUCACAUGCUUUAAGAUCCAUCUGUCGAAACUUUCUCAAAGCAACUGUUUUUUGGCAAUAGCAAAUUUACUGAUAUCCGCACAAUUAAUAAUUUACAAAAUGCUCUUAUCGCUCUGAUAUACACACCAAAUACCUAUAAGAUUGGCUGAAAGAAAUAUUGAUUUUGGUAGUAAAAAUUUGGACUUCAAUGGAUUAAAUUCAAAGAUAAAACAGUUGUUGCCAGGGGACUUGGUGUCAUACAAAUUUAUCGAUGGUGUUGCCGAUGCCAACGAAGCUGUGAAUUAACCAAUUGGAUAUGCCGGGCAUGACACCGCAUCAUUUUCAACUGAACGUUGGAUCUCCAGUUAUUUUGCUUCGUAGUUUGAACGGUCCACGGCCUUGCAAUAGCACAAGAUUUGUCAUUAAAAACUUAUUGAAAAACCAUUAAAAAGUUUUGAAUGAUAAGUUCCGAGGUGAAAAUGUACUGCUGCCACGAAUCUUACAGAUGUGCCAAUUGAAUUCAAACGUACUAUAUUUCCGAUUAAAUUGGUAUUAGCUAUGACGGUUCAUAGCUCAGAAGGCCAAGCUUUUCUGUUUGUAGCUUAAAUUGGGGUACAUCAUGUUUUUUCCACGAACAACUUUAUGCGGCAUGUUCUCGCGUGAGCAAACCAUCCAGUUCGUUUGUAUUCGCUAAAGACGGACAGACCAAAAAUUACGAUGUAUAGAGGUUGGUUGAAAAGUUUCUGCGCUCGAAAUAAAAAAAUACUGUUUUUGGUAGGAAAUAUAUUUUUUAUCCAAUUCAAAAUAAUCUCCCUUAACUUCAAUACACUUAUUGCAAUGAUCCUUAAAUCAUUUUAUGCCAUCCGUAUAAUGACUUUUCGGAAGCUCUGCAAAAUACCCGUCAACGGCUGUAAUAGCUUUUUCAUUCGACGAAAAAUGGUUUCCACGAAAGAAUGGUUUCAGGUUUCUGAAGAGGUUGUGGUCGCUGGAAUCAAAUCUGGUGCUGGGAGCAAAUCGGAUGCUCAAGCAAUUCGUACUUUAAUUCGUUGAAUUUUGUAAUUGUCAAAACACCUUUGUAAGCAGGUGCAUUGUCUAAUUAAAAAAAAAUUAUUUUUUUGUGCUGCAAACCAGGUCUUUUCUCACGAAAGGCUGCAUUUGUUGAUUGUUUAACCUCUCUGCAGAUAAUCAGUCAACAAAACUCCUUUUGCAUGACAAAAACCUGAUACCAUAACCUUCUUUGGGGCUGAACAACCAGCUUCAAUCCACCUUAAACGUUCUUGUUUUAAUUUAGGAUCAUGCUGGUCCAAGUCUCAUCCAUAGUUUUAAAACGACGCAAGAAAUUGGUUUUAUUUUGAUUAAAACCUUCCAAAUUAUGCUGUGAAAUUUGUUUUCGAUCCAAUUUUUGUUGAAUUGUGUGCGGCACUAACUUUCCAAACAGCUUUUUCAUAUGUAAUUCUCCAGGUAAAAUAUGAAGUACUCGUUCGUCUGAGAACCUAUGGCAUUAGGAACUUCACGCUUUGUCCUCCGUGUCUUCACUAACAACAUUAUGCACUUGCUCAUUGAUUUCUGGUGUGGUUGCGGUUUUUGGUCGUCCUUCGCGUGUAUCGUUUUUAAGCCUAGUACGACCACGUUUAAAUUCACCAUCCCAAAGCUCAACGGUGCGUUUUGAAGGUGAGGACUCCUUAUACACUUCUACCAAUUUUUCAUAAAUUUCCUUUGCUUUUAAAACUUUCAAAACAAAGAAUCUAAUUUCUGAGCGAUAUUAAAGAGAGAAGCAACUUUUCAACCAACCUCUAGCUAUCAGUAACUGUAAUUUAAUAAAUUAGGAAUAUUUUAUUUGCUUAAAUAAAGUAUACUAUAGUUGUCUACAACCCUUUAA